GUCUUGCCAAGGAAGAAGCUGAUCGCAAAGCCAAGGAGGAAGAAAUCGCCCGAAAGGAAAGAGCUGCUGCUGCUGCUGCUGCUGUGGCUGAAGCUGAACGCAAGGUUAGAGAAGAUCGUGAACGCAUCAAGGCCGCCGAACGUAAAUUGGUAGAAGAAGAAAUUCAACGUGUAAAACGCCAAUUGACUGAACGAAAGGAAAUCGAACAAGGUGGUAAAAAGACUGAAGAUGAAGAAAAACGAAUUGCUGCCAUCACUGCUGAAAAAGCCACCAAACCUGCUCCUGGUCGUCUUGAUAUGUCUGGUAUACCUACUCAUGUAUUGGAAGGUGAACCUCAAACUUUAUCUCCUUCAUCUCCUUCUACUUCUGCUGCUGCUCCAACUGUCAAGAAAGUAGAAAUCCCUCGUCGCAAGAUCGUUGACUUUGAUUCGAUUCAAUAUCCUGAAGGUGUCUCCAAAACCCCUACCAACUCUAGUGGCAAGAUUCAAUAUGAUGCUGAAUUCUUACUUCAGUUCAAGCCACUUUGUACAGAAUCAAGUGAAGAUCUAUCUGCAUUCCAAAAUAUCGGUGAUGAUAGCAAUGAACGAGGUGGUUCUUCUCGUGGUGGAAGUAUGCAACGUCGUCAAACAUCUGAACGUGGUGGUCGUGGACCUCGAACUCCUGGUGGUGAUAUGUAUCGCAAUAACUCCCGUGAUGGACGUAUGGAUUCUAUGGGUAAAUUUGCUGGUGGUCGUCCUUUGGCUCAUCGUACUGGCAGUGGCGGUAUUCCCUCUCCUGGAUCCCCUGGUGGUGGUAUGCAACGUGAUGGUUCUCAUGGUGGUCGAAGCCGUAGUGGUCGUGGUGGAGGUAAAGGACGUCAUCCUCCUCGUGAACAACAAGGUGGGCCUACUAUUCCAUUGGAUCAAGUUGUUCCUCUCGAAAAGAGUGAAAACAGGUGGACUCCUACAGUUGUUGCCACUGGUGGUGAAGCUGGUACUGCUCCUGUCGCCAAAACAGAAGAUGAAUUGAUCCCUCAAGAGAUCAUUGUUCGUAAGGUGAAAUCUUUACUCAACAAGUUGACUCUGGAAAAAUUCGACUCUAUUAGUGACCAAAUUUGGGAAUAUGCACAUCAAUCAGCUAAGGAAAAAGAUGGUCAAUCUCUUCUCACUGUUAUCCAACUUAUUUUUGACAAGGCGUGUGAUGAAGCUCCAUUUGCUUCCAUGUGGGCUCAACUUUGUCGCAAACUACACGAUACCAUGGCGGCUGCUAACGAUAUUACCGAUGAAGACAAUUUACUCGAUAAGAAUGGCAAACCUAUCACCUCUGGUCACUUGUUCCGCAAAUACUUAUUUAAUCGAUGUCAACAAGCUUUUGAACGUGGUUGGAAAUUCGAAAUCCCUGAUUUAGAAAAAAGUGUUAGUGGUGAAGUAAUGAUGACGGAUGAAUAUUAUGCUGCUGUCAAGGCCAAGCGACAAGGUUUAGGUCUAGUACAAUUCAUUGGUGAACUCUUCAAACGUGGCAUGUUGACCGAUCGUAUCAUGACUGAAUGUUUGACUCGACUUUGUCGCAAUCCUCAAGAAGCUGAAGAUGAAGAAACUGAAACUAUGUGCAAACUGGUUACCACCGUGGGUCGUGAAUUGGAUCGUCGUAAUCGAAAUAUGAAGCAAUGGAUGGAUGUUUUCUUUGAUCGUAUGAAGGAAAUGUUGGAAUGUACUACUUUAUCUUCAAGAGUCAAAUUUAUGAUCCAGGAUGUGAUCGAAUUACGCAAGAAUAAAUGGGUACCUCGUAGCGGUGGCCAAACUGGACCUUCUACUAUUGCUCAAAUUCGUGAAGAAGCUCAAAAAGCCAAGAAUGAAGAAAAGGAAUCAAUGAAGCGUUCUUCAAGCUCUCGUGGAAAUACCCCUCAGGUCAUGUCACGUCAAGGCUCUCGUGCUGGUCGCAAUAACAAUAUACAACGUGAAGGAUCUCCUAGUAGUAAUGCUUCUGGCGGUGGUAGUGGAUCUCCUGGUUCUGCUGCUGCUUCUACUGUCUCAGAUGGAUGGAGUACUGUGGGAACAACACCAACUGCAACUACACCCAAGGGACGUACCAACGAAUUGGAUGGUUUUGGUCGAACAGAUCGCAGCAAAUCAAGAAACAAUGUACUUGGUCCUGGUAGUAGUCCAUUCCAAACUUUGAUUCGUCCUGGUGCUAAGAAUGCUAAGUCUGAUAGUAAGAAGGGAAGCCCUGCCGAUAGUCGAAGCUCAAGUCCUGCUUCUUCCAUGUCAAAUAUGUUUAGUGCUCUUGGUGGAGGCGAUGAAGAACAUACUGAACAACGUCCUGAACGUAAGAAAUUGAAUAUGUUACCUCGUGGAUCCACUUUACCUAUUGCUGAUGAACAACAACAACAACAACAAGGUGAACCUGAGACUAUUUCUGAACCUAGCAAACCUAAACUGACUGAACAACAAAUCGAACAAAAGGCUAAAGAUAUCAUUGAAGAAUUCAUUCUUUUACGUGAUGCUAAGGAACUUGAACAAUGUGUAAAAGAAUUAGAAGCACCUUUGACUUUAGUCAAUAAGAUGUUGACUGUUGUGGAAAAGAAAGAAGAUGACGUUAAGGGUGUAUGCGAAAUGAUCACGAUACUCAACAAAGACAGUCUGAUCAGUAAGGAUACUUAUGUGGAAGCCCUCAAGCCAUUUAUGGAAAUGUAUGAAGAUUUGACCAUCGAUGUGCCUCAAGCCCCCAAGUAUAUGUCUCAACUUCUUGUCGCCAUGAAUGUGGAUCCUGCUGAAGUAAUGGAAAUUGAAGAACCUUAUGAUACCGGUUAUGUCCCUGCUAGUGCCAAACUUAAGGAACUUUAUGAUACAGCCAAGACAUCGGCUUGAAUUACAUUUACUAUUUGUUGAUUUGAUCCUCAUUCUUCUCAUAUAUUCUUUAUUACUAUUCCUUAUCAUUUACACUUGUACAUCUUCCUUUACAACUUUUUUUUUUUUGAUACUUCACA